AAAAAAAAAAAAAAAAAAGAUUAGUGAGAGAAAACUAGUAAGCUGGCAGUGACAACAUAGCAGUGCUUAGGAUGGGGCAUGUAAUCCAAUUUGGGAGAGUUGGACAAUAGGGGUCAAAUAAGUGUUCUUGAAAGAGAUGGCUUCUAUGUUGAAUUUCAAAGAACAGCAGGGGUUAACCUACUAACAAGAAGAAAGAGCAGUGUGCAAAGAUGAAAGGUAGAAUACCAUUGGAGAACUGCCAUGUGGUUCACUAGCACUGGCCUUGCUGACCUGUGAUGCAGAAUAGUGAGGAGUCAUUUAGAAGUGUUUGGAUCAUAAUCUGAAGGCAGCAGGGAGUUACACUGCCUUGAAGUCUGCAAGUAUGAUAUGAACCAUAAGAGAAAGGGCUGAGCUGUCUUCAAAGCUCUCAGUCCAUAUCCUGAGUUAUUUGAUUCAGGCAGGCUCAGAGGAAAACAGAAAAGCAUGUUGUAGGUAUCCUGUAACCUGGAUCUGAGCCUGGCUUUGCUAUUCCCUUAAAAGGCUUUUCUCCCCUACCCCCAACCCAAUUAGUCUUUUGGCGUCUUUGGUUAUGAUAAUUGAAACGAAAAACCCCACAGCCUUUUUUUGUUUUCUUUGAGAUAGUCUCUCUGUCGCCCAGGCUGGAGUGCAGUGGCAUGAUCUCAGCUCACUGCAACCUCCACCUCCUGGGUUCAAGCCAUUCUCCUGCCUCAACCUCCCAAGUAACUGGGAUUACAGAUGUUUAUAAAUUCUUCUGUGGGAUCAGAGGGCACGCCUAUUGUAACCAGAAAACUCCAAGUAUAGCAGCAAGGAUGGAUGAACAGGCUCUAUUAGGGCUAAAUCCAAAUGCUGAUUCAGACUUUAGACAAAGGGCCCUGGCCUAUUUUGAGCAGUUAAAGAUUUCCCCAGAUGCCUGGCAGGUGUGUGCAGAAGCUCUAGCCCAGAGGACAUAUAGUGAUGAUCAUGUGAAGUUUUUCUGCUUUCAAGUACUGGAACAUCAAGUUAAAUACAAAUACUCAGAACUAACCACUGUUCAACAACAACUAAUUAGGGAGACGCUCAUAUCAUGGCUGCAAGCUCAGAUGCUGAAUCCCCAACCAGAGAAGACCUUUAUACGAAAUAAAGCCGCCCAAGUCUUCGCCUUGCUUUUUGUUACAGAGUAUCUCACUAAGUGGCCCAAGUUUUUUUUUGACAUUCUCUCAGUAGUGGACCUAAAUCCAAGGGGAGUAGAUCUGUACCUGCGAAUCCUCAUGGCUAUUGAUUCAGAGUUGGUGGAUCGUGAUGUGGUGCAUACAUCAGAGGAGGCUCGUAGGAAUACUCUCAUAAAAGAUACCAUGAGGGAACAGUGCAUUCCAAAUCUGGUGGAAUCAUGGUACCAAAUAUUACAAAAUUAUCAGUAUACUAAUUCUGAAGUGACAUGUCAGUGCCUUGAAGUAGUUGGGGCUUAUGUCUCUUGGAUAGACUUAUCCCUUAUAGCCAAUGAUAGGUUUAUAAAUAUGCUGCUAGGUCAUAUGUCAAUAGAAGUUCUACGGGAAGAAGCAUGUGACUGUUUAUUUGAAGUUGUAAAUAAAGGAAUGGACCCUGUUGAUAAAAUGAAACUAGUAGAAUCUUUGUGUCAAGUAUUACAGUCUGCUGGGUUUUUCAGCAUUGACCAGGAAGAAGAUGUUGACUUCCUGGCCAGAUUUUCUAAGCUGGUAAACGGAAUGGGACAGUCAUUAAUAGUUAGUUGGAGUAAAUUAAUUAAGAAUGGGGAUAUUAAGAAUGCUCAAGAGGCACUACAAGCUAUUGAAACAAAAGUGGCACUGAUGUUGCAGCUACUAAUUCAUGAGGAUGACGAUAUUUCUUCUAAUAUUAUUGGAUUUUGUUAUGAUUAUCUUCAUAUUUUGAAACAGCUUACAGUGCUCUCGGAUCAGCAAAAAGCUAAUGUAGAGGCAAUCAUGUUGGCCGUUAUGAAAAAAUUGACUUACGAUGAAGAAUAUAACUUUGAAAAUGAGGGUGAAGAUGAAGCCAUGUUUGUAGAAUAUAGAAAACAACUGAAGUUACUGUUGGACAGGCUUGCUCAAGUUUCCCCAGAGUUACUGCUGGCCUCUGUUCGCAGAGUUUUUAGUUCUACACUGCAGAACUGGCAGACUACACGGUUUAUGGAAGUUGAAGUAGCAAUAAGAUUGCUGUAUAUGUUGGCAGAAGCUCUUCCAGUAUCUCAUGGUGCUCACUUCUCAGGUGAUGUUUCAAAAGCUAGUGCUUUGCAGGAUAUGAUGCGAACUCUGGUAACAUCAGGAGUCAGUUCCUAUCAGCAUACAUCUGUGACGUUGGAGUUCUUCGAAACUGUUGUUAGAUAUGAAAAGUUUUUCACAGUUGAACCUCAGCACAUUCCAUGUGUACUAAUGGCUUUCUUAGAUCAUAGAGGUCUGCGGCAUUCCAGUGCAAAAGUUCGGAGCAGGACGGCUUACCUGUUUUCUAGAUUUGUCAAAUCUCUCAAUAAGCAAAUGAAUCCUUUCAUUGAGGAUAUUUUGAAUAGAAUACAAGAUUUAUUAGAGCUUUCUCCACCUGAGAAUGGCCACCAGUCCUUACUGAGCAGCGAUGAUCAACUUUUUAUUUAUGAGACAGCUGGAGUGCUGAUUGUUAAUAGUGAAUACCCAGCAGAAAGGAAACAAGCCUUAAUGAGGAAUCUGUUGACUCCACUAAUGGAGAAGUUUAAAAUUCUGUUAGAAAAGUUGAUGCUGGCACAAGAUGAAGAAAGGCAAGCCUCUCUAGCAGACUGUCUCAACCAUGCUGUUGGAUUUGCAAGUCGAACCAGUAAAGCUUUCAGCAACAAGCAGACUGUGAAACAAUGUGGCUGUUCCGAAGUUUAUCUGGACUGUUUACAGACAUUCUUGCCAGCCCUCAGUUGUCCCUUGCAAAAGGAUAUUCUCAGAAGUGGAGUCCGUACUUUCCUUCAUCGAAUGAUUAUUUGCCUGGAGGAAGAAGUCCUUCCAUUCAUCCCAUCUGCUUCAGAACAUAUGCUCAAAGAUUGUGAAGCAAAAGAUCUCCAGGAGUUCAUUCCUCUUAUCAACCAGAUUACGGCCAAAUUCAAGAUACAGGUAUCCCCAUUUUUACAACAGAUGUUCAUGCCCCUGCUUCAUGCAAUUUUUGAAGUGCUGCUCCGGCCAGCAGAAGAAAAUGACCAGUCUGCUGCUUUAGAGAAGCAGAUGUUGCGGAGGAGUUACUUUGCUUUCCUGCAAACAGUCACAGGCAGUGGGAUGAGCGAAGUUAUAGCAAAUCAAGGUGCAGAGAAUGUGGAAAGAGUGUUGGUUACUGUUAUUCAAGGAGCAGUUGAAUAUCCAGAUCCAAUUGCACAGAAAACAUGUUUUAUCAUCCUUUCAAAGUUGGUAGAACUCUGGGGAGGUAAAGAUGGACCAGUGGGAUUUGCUGAUUUUGUUUAUAAGCACAUUGUCCCCGCAUGUUUCCUAGCACCUUUAAAACAAACCUUUGACCUGGCAGAUGCACAAACAGUAUUGGCUUUAUCUGAGUGUGCAGUGACACUGAAAACAAUUCAUCUCAAACGGGGCCCAGAAUGUGUUCAGUAUCUUCAACAAGAAUACCUGCCCUCCUUGCAAGUAGCUCCAGAAAUAAUUCAGGAGUUUUGUCAAGCGCUUCAGCAGCCUGAUGCUAAAGUUUUUAAAAAUUACUUAAAGGUGUUCUUCCAGAGAGCAAAGCCCUAAGGACUGGAUUUCCCUGUGCCUACUUCAUGAUCAGGAAUUCCAGUUAGUGUAUAAAGAAGCGAUUUUUGUGUGCCAUUCACACUGGUCUUUUUCACACUGUUUUGAGCUUACUGCAGUAUAUGUUUUGGGAUUUUUCUGUAAAAUGGGUGUAAUUUUCCUGAUACAGGUAUGUAACAACAAAAGAAGUUGCCUGCAUGCCGGUCCAAAUUGUUCUGUAUAAAGAUGCUCUUAAAAGACACAGUUAUCCUAGAACCUUAAUUCUUUUUUAUUUGAAAUUUUAAGUCAAGUCCUUUAUAAAGACCACAGCAGUGGAAAACAGUGUACUUUUUAAAAAAUUGCUGAGUAUAAAAUGUUCGAAAAUUUUCUUUAUGUGUGAAGACACAUAAAGUAUGGGGGGAAUACAACAAUCAAAACUAACUUUUUGUAGAUAGCCAUUUCAUUUCUUUAAACUGUUUCAAUGCCAAUAUGUAUUCUACAAAAGAGAAUGGUUUUAGGCUCCAGUGUUACACUUUUUUUUAUAUAUUAUAUAUAUAUAUAAAUAAAUUUUACGUAGUGAAAUCUACCAA